GUCUUCUGGGCUGAGACCAGCAAACAGUCUACUUCUGUGCCAUUCUCGGGAUGGGGCACUGUCCAAUUCUGCUCACUCUCGAGGAGAGAGGUGUGUGUCUGUUGUGGGGGUGGCUUUCCUCAUCUGACUCACAGCCUGCACCGGUGGUCUCUGCCUCAGAGCAGCUGGCCUUGGUGAUAGGGGGCAUCAUUGGGGGACUGCUGCUGCUGGUAAUCGGAGUGAGCUGUUGUCUGUGGAGGAGGCUUUGCGCCACCUUUACCUAUGAGGAGCUGCCAGAGACACCAGACCCGGCCACCACCUCUUCCUUCAGCAGACGAGAAGACAGGCCCUGCCCAUAUGCUGGGACCCCACCUGGCAGGCCACCAAGUGUACCAUUUGUUGUACCCCCUUCUCACCAAGGCCGAGACUGGGUGCCCCUACAUGCUGGAGAUGGGGCUCCGGCCUCACAGGACCCCUGUCCUGUUCCAGAGCACAUGCCCUAUACUUCCAGUGCCAGCCCUGGAGAUGCAUGUGUAAUCGGGAACAUCAACCCAGAAUUGUACAAGUCCCCAGAGGACACGAGUGAGACAGACUUCCCUGAUGGCUGCCUGGGCCGGCUCUGGUUCUCCGUGGAGUACCAACAGGAGUCUGAGCGGUUGCUGGUGGGCCUGAUCAAGGCUCGGCAACUGCAGGUCCCCUCGGAGACCUGCAGCCCCCUGGUGAAGCUCCACCUGCUGCCCGAUGAACGGCGCUUCCUCCAGUCCAAGACAAAACGCAAAACCUGCAACCCACAGUUUGAUGAGAACUUCGUCUUCCAGGUGUCUAGCAGAAGCGUUACCCAGAGAGUGCUGAAGUUCUCCGUGUACCAUGUAAACAGGCAAAGGAAGCACCAGCUCCUUGGGCAGGUGCUGUUCCCGCUGAAGAAUGAGACCCUGGCAGGGGACCGCCACCAUAUCAUCUGGAGAGAUCUAGAAGCUGAGAACCUGGAGCCUCCCUCGGAAUUUGGUGACCUCCAGUUCUGCCUCAGCUACAAUGACUACCUGAACCGCCUGACAGUGGUUGUGCUCCGUGCCAAAGGUCUCCAGCUCCAGGAGGACAGGGGUGUUGUCAGUGUGUUUGUCAAAGUGUCUCUGAUGAAUCACAACAAAUUCAUCAAGUGCAAGAGGACUUCUGCCGUCCUGGGCUCUGUCAACCCCGUGUACAACGAAACCUUCAGCUUCAAGGCUGACCCCAGUGAGCUGGACACUGCCAGCCUCAGCCUGACGGUGCUGCAGAUCACAGAAGGGGACAAGAGCUACCCACUGGGCCGUGUGGUGGUGGGCCCCUACAUGUACACCCGAGGCAGAGAGCUGGAGCACUGGGACGAGACGCUCCGGAGGCCCAAGGAGCUGGUGAAGCGCUGGCAUGCCCUGUGCCGCCCCACAGAGCCCUGAGCCAUGCCACGACCUCACUCUGCUUUGGAAACUCGUGUCCUCCCUGUUACAUGCAACACCACAGCAUGGACAUCUCAUCCUACGUUUAGAGCACGGUGGGGCUAGCCUGAGCCAGUGGCCCAUGAGUGUUCAUGUGCAGGAGGGAAAGGGGACAAAGAAGCCCAGAUUGGACCAGUGUCUGUGGCCAAGAGCCUCUCUCAACCCACCUCACCCCUCCUGACCUGUGGGGCUGCCUGGGCUUGGAACCCGGACUUCUGAUCAUCAAGGUCGUGACCUAGAAUAGGAUGUCAGGUGUUGAGAACUGAUAUUUCAUUUGGUGGAGCACAGCUACAUAUACUGAAUGGGAGUGCAGUGUGAGCGGGGUCCCACCACUUUGGGAAGCUGGUGAUGGGUUGAGUCCACAACUGCAUUGGUUUUCAAGCUGGGGUUUCUCUGUCUUCCACCCAGCAGAGCAAAAAACACACAUCUCUCUGGGGGGCACAACAGACCUGUUGAGCAGCCCACCCACAUACAGGAGGUCAACGAGUGAUCAGCACAGCUUACUGGGUAGCCCUUCCCUGGAGCCAUAAUGCAUGGCAACCAAAAUUAUGUGAAGUCUUGUCCACAGCCAUCCUCAGAAUGCCACACCACACCCUAGGCCCUCAGGUGAUCUGUGGCUGGUUUUUGUGCUCAUCUGAUUAACAGGAUUUGGCAUUCAGCUCCCGACUCUUACUUUGGACAGGUGAGUCCAUGGGAUCAUGGUAUUGUCCAGAAGACUGAUGACAGUGGCAUGACUGUGCCCUGGUAGGUAGGUAUAAAUCUCUUAGGUUAGUGGUCCCCACAAUCAAAGUCACUGUCACCAAAUGCCCAUUACUGUACUGAUGGGUAGGCACUGUAUCUGUUGUUUCCAUGUGCAUCUGUACCCUAAGCCGCAGACUGACAGAGUCAAUGCUGUGUCUCCAUGUGCAUCUGUACCCUAAGCCGCAGACUGACAGAGUCAAUGCUGUGUCUCCAUGUGCAUCUGUACCCUAAGCCGCAGACUGACAGAGUCAAUGCUGUGUCUCCGUGUGCAUCUGUACCCUAAGCCGCAGACUGACAGUCAAUGCUGUGUCUCCGUGUGCAUCUGUACCCUAAGCCGCAGACUGACAGAGUCAAUGCUGUGUCUCCAUGUGCAUCUGUACCCUAAGCCGCAGACUGACAGUCAAUGCUGUGUCUCCGUGUGCAUCUGUACCCUAAGCCGCAGACUGACAGAGUCAAUGCUGUGUGUCCAUGUGCAUCUGUACCCUAAGCCGCAGACUGACAGAGUCAAUGCUGUGUGUCCAUGUGCAUCUGUACCCUAAGCCGCAGACUGACAGAGUCAAUGCUGUGUCUCCUUGUGCAUCUGUACCCUAAGCCGCAGACUGACUGAGUCAAUGCGGCUGUUAUGUAACUAAAGCAGAGUGGCCCACCUGUGUCUCUCUUGCUGUGUGUAAUGAAAUGACUUCAGCAAACGCAGCAGUGACCCUUAUCUGUGUCUGUUUAGCUCCACUUCUCAUUUCCGUCAAUACACAAAUACAAGUUUUGCCUGACUGGUCCAGAUGGACAGACCAUCAUGUGUUUGCUUCUUCCUACUCUUUUUACUUACACAUUCUCAGUGUGAUCCACACUACAGAGGCUUCUAAUAGCUUCAUCGCACACACACAGACGGCUCCUUAUGCCUGUGGGGCAGGCCACUGAAGUGGAACUGUUAUGCUUCAUCUGGAGCCCUGAGGCAAUGGAUGCCACCACCCCCAUGUUUCCACUUGAGACUCAUGAUUGACAUGGUCUUUCUCGGAUGACAAGGGAAAGUGGGUUGGCUGGUGCAUCUGAUAGGUCUCUAAAACACUGAAAUGGCAAGAAAUCAGCAGGCUGUGUGCUCUGAGGGGUUAAAGGAGGGGCCGCCACAUUGUACAGACAUGUAUAGACAUAGAAGCACAAAGAAAUAUGCAGAUUUUCAGGGGCCAGUGUGAGCUCUCAGGGGCUGUCUCAAAUCCUGUCUGCAUGUGACUCUAGCAGAAACUCCUUUUACAUUCCCAUAAAAUACCUUAGAAUAAGGUGAUAAGUUCCUCAGAA